CACGCGAGCACGAAGAAAGGUCAAAUUCGUGAUGAAUUUGAUGGGUCUGCCGACAUGCGAACGAGCCCGCAUUUAUUGGCGGUACGAGCACGAACGCAAGGCCCUCGCGGUUGCAUUGAGGAAGGCCCUAGCAAGGUCCGAAAUCGAGUGCCGCCGUUUUUUGUUACGAUCCCUGUCCUUCGUACAGCUACCCAAGCCACGCAUGCGAGAAAUGUUGUUACAGGCCGUACGCGUAGCCCGCCGCGCGAGUUUGAAAAACGUCCAACCACGCGAACCGAACUACAGCACCUUCCGACACGACUCCCAGGGCAUCCUGAGUAGCACGAUGCCCCCAGUCAGCAACCAGUUUUUGUUCCAACAGUUGACGCGCCUCCGCUCCUUCUGUAAAAGGAAGAAAGCAACAGUCACGCCGCAGUGGCUGUCAAAAGAGCAGGAGGGAUGUUUGGUCGGGUUUGGCAAAGAUUCCCAGGCCUUUCGGCGGUUUGUGCAGGAGUGUCCUCCCCCGGAUCAUGUACCGGUAACGGAUGACAAGUCACGCGACAACUUCUACACAUUGCCCCGCUGUGAGUUUCUGAAUAUCUUAGUCUUAGCAGCCCGCUCGGACAUGGUGCCCGAGCCGCGUCCCACGUCAGUAGUUUUAGCCGAAAUCAACAAACAACUAACCAGCCUCCCAAUACCAUUGAAGCCCAUCACCUCCCUACCGUACUUCUAUCCUUCCCUGAAAAAUAAGUGCAUCAAGGACGGCCAGCUUGUUUGCACGAAGACAAUAGACUCCGGACACAACCACUGGCGAAAAAUCGUUUCUAUGAUCACCGCGAUCAAGGGACCGAACCGGUUGCGGUUGCGUAAACUCAACUGGGAGGUCUCGGCUUUCAUCCAGAAACGAUUCAAGCACCACAACGAAUGCAACGACCUCUCCAAGGCGAAGGACGAACUUUUGCAGAUGUUUGCAGAAAUGAAAGCAGAAGCAAAAAAGCAAGGCAAGGCCUACCGCCCGGACGUCUGUAUUUGCUGCGGAAAACCCAAGUCACUCGUCAGCAUGACCUGCGAGGACGCCACUUCGUUUUUUGAGAAGAUCCCGCACGAGAGUUUUUUCGAAAGAUGUGACGACCUAGAAGAGCUGACCGAAGGUGAUAAAGUCGCGCGCUUUAAAAAUAAAACACCGAAACAAGUGAUCGACACUCUCAGAGGAGUAGUUCCAGCAUUGCGCUAUUUUCAGGUCGGUUCGGACACCGUGUACGCCCUCCCGCCGGGGGUAGGGUCGCCGAUUGGCGGGAUCAACAGUAAAGUUGUCGCAUCUGUAACCUUAUGCGGCGACGAGCACAGGGCCUACCUGAGCCCAUCCCCGUUACUAGUCGGAGACAUCACCAGGCGGAAGAGAUACGUAGACGACUGCUUUGGCAUCAGUUUUACGCUAUGCGAAGAGUGUCUGUCCCAAAAUACGCGAUCUGUGUACUCCGUGCCGUUUGAAAACGUGGAGAGAUCAUCAGUAGCAGUGACGUGGCUGGACAUGCGCAACGAGGUGAUCAACGCGCACUGUCUAGAAGCGGUAGAGUUGCGCGUGAGUAACUCUAUGCAAAAACAGCGAGUCCCGUACAACAGUGAGGAUUUGAGUUAUGCCCGAGCGUGUUACACAGCAACAGUACAAAGAUUGAUCAAUACGAACAGCGAGACGAGCGUGCUAGUAGAGCAACUAACAGUGACGAACUUCAAGUGGGUUCAACGAUUCCAAGCUUCCACACUUCGGCAGUAUUUGUAUGCUGCCCCGACAUUGUCGAAAAAUCCGGCUGUAAAAGUUUCUUUGCAAGUUCUCAAAUUUAUCGAGAUGGGCGGCCCGAACGAGAACACAGGGAAACAGCCCUGGCGCAACAACAACAACUACGGCAAGGGCAACAAGUUGACCUUUGACGAGUUUGAGGAGAUGCAGGACCGCUACAACUGGAAACAGCACCAGAAGAAGGAAGCCGAUCGCAAGUGGUUCGAAGCACAGGAGCAGUGCCUGGUGAAGUGCACCGAGAUGAUACGGACCGGAAUUCGUGGCGAGUGUGACCACCCCACCACGAACAGCGCCCCGACCACUACUACUAGUACUACUGCUACUGCCCCCGCAUCUGGCCUCACCCAGCAGGAGCGUGAGGAUAUCGCGGCCUUGAAGGCCGACGUGAAGGAUUUAAAAACCUUCCGUACCGAUGUCGACCGGCGUUUCGACACAGUCAAUCGCCGCUUCGACAACAGCGACGACCUCCUGCGGCAGGUGCUGGAGAACCAGCAGGCGCAGAUGCGCGCGAACAACAUUCCGAUCAAUCCGAAAAACAACAACAACAACAACAUGAACAACCAGAACGGCCCCGCCAACAACAGCAUGAACAACAACCACCAGGUGCCGCAGAACUUCAACAUCGCGCCGGAUGAAUUCCGGCAGCACGAGGACGACACCUGCGACAAGGAGAAAUUGUCGCGCUACAUGACUAUCAGCAUGAUCAACCGCAUCAGCUGGAAGGACGACGACGAGCCCGCGGUGGACAAGAUGGCGGAGUUGACGAUGCCGGAACUGCGAUGCAUCUACGCACUGGUCCCGCAGGGUGAUGCGGAUGCGUGUGAGCAGCGACGGAUCGACAACGGGCAUCCCCAGGCGGAGACAUGGAGGAUGCACAUCAAGGCCGAGGCGAUCGACUUCAUCUCCAGCAUUUACAUCCUCGAAGACAGUUUUUAGUUGCAAUGACCGAUGUAAUUCUGGUUGCAAGGAAAUGAUGUGCAGUGAUUCCACGAUGGUACCACGCGCAGUGUUGAUGUAAACUAAGUACGACGGUAAGGAAGCAGGAUGUAAGUGUAGAGAUCGAAGUUGACAGUGAAGAUUUAUUUUUGACGAACCGGAUCGGGAAUACAGGGGUGAAGGACUAGCAACUACCUGGUGACGAUGAUCCACACGACCAGUCCAUUUUGGAGUACAGCGCACGGCUCUCCAGUGAUCAUCUGCCUGUUCUUUUUCCACCCACCCGUAAAACCGAAUUGGGAUUUGUUAUUCCGGUUUGAACGCAAACGAACGACACCUGCCGAAGUGCAGAGGAGAAUUUGAAAAACUGGAAGAGGAUGUAAAGAAGGGGAUGAUGAAGAUGAAGAUAUAAGUUUUGUAGUCUGGAGAAAAAUAAACAGAUGCUGUUGCUUGCCAAACGAAAAAGAUGUUUUUGUUCAACUUGUCGCUGACGAAGCUCGGAAAUAUGUCUUACGUUUUUCUUUUUUCAAUUUCGUACAACUGUUUGGCUUUUUGAAAAAGAUGCAGCUUUUCGUAUAUGCGUUCCGUUUUCAGGUGCGUUUCCUGUCAUUCGUGCAUGACAGACUUGCUGCAACGAGUUUCGUUGAAUGAAAAAACAAAACUUCCCGGUUCGUAGUUGAGGUUGUCGCGCUGAAAGAAGCUCGCGGUAGGCGACAAGAAAUAUCGAACCGCUCCGAAUGCUCUCGUUUACCUCAACAUUGUGAUGAUGAAAAAGAAGAAAAAACGCAAAAAAUCAUGAUGUGACGUCUCGGGGAGUUCUUGUUUGUUUUUCGCAGUAGCAUGCGUGUUCGGUGGAAGUCAAUGAUCAAGUUUUUAUCGACUUGAGAUGCGAUUCUAACGUUCCGUAUAUAUAAAACUUGAUAAAAGUGAUAACUUAAAUAUAAAAUCAAAGUUAAAAUAAAUGAUAUGGUCGUAACAAGCUUAUGUGUAGCCACAGCUAUUUGUGAAGAAAACGAAAAACAUCUGUUGAGUUUUUUCCGAUGAAAAAUUGUUUUUUCGCGAGAAGAAUGAGACGAGAAAAAGGAUGAAUUUCUCUCGCUGAAAAUGCAAAACAAGAAACGGAAUUUUCCAACUCGACAGUCUUUUGGGAAUACAUCAAUGCCGAAAUCUUUCGCACGAAUCUCGAAUUGCUUCGAGUGUUCUGAAGGAUCAACAGCUUAGAUGAAAUGAAACAUGAAAUAUUGAU